AUGGAUCAAGAAUUCACCCAAUUCCUGGUCAAGUUCACUUCUACCACGACACUCACGAAACAGCUCAUGUCAAAGGCAAAGUCUAGACGAAAUGUUUCUGACAUUGAUACCGGGAUUGAAGAUGAUCCUUCACACCAUUUAACGGGGCCUUUCCUCCCACAAACUCCACUUGGAACCCCUCCACCGACACGAACCGCCUCACCAGUGUACCGAAAAACCCCGGCUCUCUCGCCAGUGUCUCCCUGGAUUCGUUGGGCAAUAGAUCCUUGGUCUGCCCUUCAGAUCCUCAUCGUUCCAGUUGUCGCCUAUCUCAACUGGGAACUGCUCACACCCAUCGUCAACAAAACUUUACCACCUGCCCUUGAACCAUAUCUAACCCUGGCCAAUUACUCUGCCCCGCAUCAAAUAUCCAACCCUUUUGCUCCUUUUUUCCUUCUCACCAACCCGGUUCCGUCCUCGCCUCCAAAUGACCCUCGCUAUGCCAAAGGUUGGGGAGACCUUUUGUUCAUAGCCUACCACAUCGUGUUACUUUCUCUUGUGAGACAAGUGGUGACCCUCAACUUAUGUCGUCCUCUUGCAAGAUAUUUCGGAAUCAAGAAAGAAGUCAAGUUGGAUAGAUUCGGAGAGCAGGGUUAUGCUGUCGUGUAUUUUGCUUUUAUGGGCGCCUGGGGAUAUGUGUGUUCUCUCCCUACUCGUCUCGACUUAUCCAUAAUUCCUCUUCGUUCAGAGAAUUAUGUCGCAACUCCCUACAUAUUGGUAUCGGACCGAAUACUUUUGGAUAGGAAAGUCAUUGCGACUGAGAUAUGCUAUUGGGAUUCCUUACUCAACUCGCCCACAGAUCAUCCUCACUGGGACAUGAAACCGGAGCUCAAGCGUUACUAUCUCACUCAGAUGUCUUAUUGGGCUCAACAACUACUAGUACUCGUCUUGGGGCUCGAAAAACCUCGUAAAGACUUUCGUGAGCUCGUUGCUCACCACCUUGUUACCAUUUGGCUCGUAGGUUGGAGCUACUUAGUCAAUCUCACACUCAUUGGGAACGCUGUAUACAUGAGUAUGGAUAUACCAGAUGCUUUCUUGGCCUCCUCGAAAGUCUUGAAUUAUAUACAGUGGACCAACGCGAAAGUAGUAACGUUCGCGAUAUUUGUGGUCGUGUGGACAUACUUCCGACAUCUUUUGAACUUUAAAAUACUUUGGUCAGUGUGGUAUGAAUAUGACCUGGUUCCCGAGACCUCGAGACAGUGGGUGUGGAAACAAGGCACAUACCUGAACUGGUGGAUGAGAUACCAAGUUUUCCUGCCCUUACUACUCCUUCAACUCCUAAAUUUAUUCUGGUACUACCUCAUAUUGCGGAUUUUAGUUCGAGCUAUCGCGGCCCCAACAAAAGUCGAUGAUGAGCGAUCUGAGGACGAAGGUGAUGGUGACGAUGAAGAACCUGAGACAAGACCGAAACUCUCAAGCGGAAAAGAGCAAUGA